AUGGUCACCGCCUUGGAACGGAAAAUAAAAAUACUAAAUGGGGUGGAGGGCGUGAGUGAAAAGGCAACUGGCGUUGGACAUCUGGCGGUGGCGGCGAUUGACUUCGGAACAACGUAUUCUGGAUACGCCUUUUCCUUUAAGAGUCAGUUCGAAACAGAUCCGUUAAAUAUUGCGGCUAAAACAUGGGCAGGUGGACAGCUACAAUCUUUGAAAGGUCCAACUUGCGUGUUAAUCAAACCAGACGGUAAAACUUUAGAAACGUUUGGUUUCGAUGCGGAGACGCGAUACAGUCAACUAAUUGAAAUAGGCCAGCACACAAAGUGGUACUACUUUCAGAGGUUUAAGAUGCUGUUAUGGGAGAAGGCGAUAAAUAAGAAUUCGAUGUUGGCAGACGAGACUGGAAAAAUGCUCCCCGCCUUGACAGUAUUCUCUCUAUCGAUCAGCUAUAUGAAGAAGGACAUGGAAAGUAUGUCUACCAAACAGUUAUGCGGCAUUGGUCCCGAUGACAUUCACUGGGUUAUCACAGUACCUGCUAUAUGGGACGAUUCUGCCAAGAAUUUCAUGAGGCUCGCAACUAAAAAGGCUGGGAUUUCCAGUGAAAAGCUGACCAUCGCACUAGAGCCCGAGGCAGCAUCAAUCUAUUGCAGACAUAUCCCAGUGGAACUUGAUGGGACAAGCGGCAUCGCAUCAUCAUUCCGAUUUGGCAAGAAAUAUCUCGUACUUGAUGCGGGAGGUGGCACCAUUGACACAACAGUCCACGAAGUUUGCUUCGAUGGAAAACUAAAGGAACUAUACAAAGCAACCGGUGGGGCCUGGGGUGGUACAAUGGUGGACAAGGAGUUUUGGGACUUUAUAGCAGAGCUUACAGGAAAAGACUCACUACACCGUUUUAAGAAAGAUAACAUGGAAGACUAUUUAGAUUUGCUCCGGGAUUUCGAAAUCAAGAAAAGAAAGACGGAUUCGAAUAGUCAAGGUCUGGUGACGAUCAAACUACCAUUGACUUUAAUGGAUAUUGUUGAAGAAAACGAAGGCAGAAAAAUGAAACAGGUUGUACAGUCUUCGCGUUACGCAAAAAUGGUAACUCUGUCCGGUGACAAGUUGCGUAUGGAAUUCAACAUUUUCCGUUCAUUCUUCAAGCAGUCGGUCGACAACAUAGUGUUGCAUGUGAAACACCUGCUUAGUGAACCGGAAACCAACGGUGUGGACGCCAUUCUGAUGGUAGGAGGCUACUCGGAGUCUCCGCUUCUUACCGAAACUAUUCAAAAGGAAUUCCCAAGAAUGAAAGUAAUCGUACCAAAGGAUUCCGGCCUUGCUGUUAUGAAUGGAGCGGUUAUCUUUGGACAUAGUCCUAACUUAAUAAAAGAACGAGUAUCCAAGUACACAUAUGGUAUUGAUAUAAGUGAAAUAUUUGAUCGAAAGAUACAUCCAUCGGAAAAACUUGAAAAGACGGAUUUGGGCGACAUGUGUCGCGACGUAUUUGACUUAGUGGUGAAGUCGGAUCAAAAACUUAAAGUUGGCGAACCACAGUUCGAAGGUCGGUAUUCUUCUGUGGCUGUUAAUCAAUCGGUUGUGGCGUUGAACCUGUAUACUACCACUAACAAAGAUGUGAAGUUUGUAACUGAUAUAGGAUGCAAAAAUAUAGGAUGUAUAGAUGUUCCGAUAUCUGGAAAAGGUACUGGCAGAUAUGUCAAGGUUCGAUUAUAUUUCGGCGGUACUGAAAUAUUGUUUGAAUGUGAAGAAGAGUCAACAGGCAUUGUUACUCGUAACGUCGUCGACUUGAUGUAAAUGAACACACGUUAUAAAAGGUGAUCUCUACACACCAAACGAUAGUUAUUGAACGUGACGACGUUUUUGAUAAUCAAUUAUAUCCGCCAAAGUGUACCACCUGUUGAAAUUGUGAGUCUACGGAAUUGUGAACAGGGUGGCUGUACAACCGCAUUAACUUACUUGUGUUUUUAGGUCACUAUUAACAUGCAUGCGCGACUACGUUGGACACUUCAUAAAAACGAUACAUCAUUUUGGAAAGACGGUUGUCAUCUCAUUUGUUUGUAUGUGGAUAUGUUUCAAGAGAUAUUUUAUCUACCUACAUAGCUUACAAUAUUGUACAGAACGUUUUUUUGUUCCUAAAUUGCACGUAUAGGCAUUAUUUGUACAAAAUAUAACUUUAUCUAAAUUGCACCUUUGAUUCGUUUUUCCAAUUUGUGAUUUUGUUGGUAAGUACCCUUCGCUUAAAUCAAAUAUGGAGAUUUUAAGAAUUGCGUACAGUAAGCCUUUUGUAUUCUUUACGAUGGUAUAUCUUAUUGACUUGUUUAUUGACACUUGUGUUUGGAAAUCAACAAUAACGGAAUUUUUGAGGGUUGUUGAUAUUUCUGAUUGUAAUGCUAGUGAUGCGUGGGUGUGUGGAAAUGAAUACCUGGCACACAGGCGCCCAGAACAAAACAGUUAAUAUUUGCUCGUCAGAUAAAAGCGUUCAAGACACCGUUAAAUACGCCUGCACUUCUCAGAAGGCAGCCUUUCCGAGAACCAUUAGAGCGUCUAACUUGGUUUUUUCGUUGCAGAAUGCCAGCUAAUAUGAACACUGGCCUAUCGUUUAAAUACUCAACAAUUGACAACAUAUCCGAUUCAAUCAAUUUUCGUUACGAAAUAAUAAAUUUGGCAGCCUGGAAGGACACUCGAGGCACAAUAACUUUAGCUUGUUAAGCACAAUGCAAAAGAAAACUAUUGAACUUAAAACUGCUAUCAUGCGAGGAGUAAAGUUUAUUAUUAAUAUCCGAUUGUGACCUCAUUAUAAUGCGGCGAAGAUCUUGAAUUACUCAAAUCGAAAAACACUCUGCUAGAUAAAAUGCAUACUCGAUGCAUGAAGUUUGCACCAAGCAUGUUACACUACACAUACGAGAAUUCGAUUAAAGUAAGUGGAGGUAAAAUACAGGGACAAAAAUGCACAAAUGCGUUAUAAUCAGCUAAAUGUGGUUAUUGAAUAUAUACACAAUACGACAACUCAACCGAUUCCGUUGAGCGAAUCGGUGCGAUCCGCAUAGAGCGUGGUGAGAAGAAAGAAGGAAAGGGAUAUGAGAGACAGCAACAAUUGAAUCGACCCGGUAUAGGUCAGAAAGGCGCAUUGUUUCUUAGGAACGACAUCAAGAUCGAAAUGGGAAAAAAUUGAUUGAAUACAUAUGGAUGACCCGAGCGUUGAUGCAAAAAUGUCACGUGGAAAUCAUGUGGUUUUAAGAAGCUGGUAAACCUUACAAAAUGGUUAUUGGUUUUUUA